AUGUCGUUGAGGCCAAGUGCAAGGACGGAGGUGCGGCGGAACAGGUACAAGGUGGCGGUGGAUGCGGAGGAAGGGCGGAGGCGGAGGGAGGACAAUAUGGUGGAGAUCCGCAAGAGCAAGCGCGAGGAGAGCUUACUCAAAAAGCGCCGAGAAGGACUUCAACUACAGCAACAGCAGCAGUCCUCAAUUUCUCUCCAGUCUGCGGUUGAGAAGAAGCUGGAGAGUCUUCCUUCUAUGAUUGCUGGGAUUUGGUCAAAUGAUAACAAUUUGCAGCUGGAAGCAACUACUCAGUUUCGUAAAUUGCUUUCAAUAGAAAGAAGCCCUCCUAUUGAGGAAGUAAUACAGUCCGGUGUUGUUCCACGCUUUGUUGAGUUCCUUACAAGGGAGGAUUUCCCCCAGCUCCAGUUUGAGGCUGCUUGGGCGCUUACAAACAUUGCGUCUGGAACCUCGGAGAACACCAGAGUGGUUAUUGAUCAUGGCGCAGUCCCAAUUUUUGUAAAGCUUCUAGGUUCCCAGAGUGAUGAUGUUCGUGAGCAGGCCGUUUGGGCAUUAGGUAAUGUUGCUGGUGACUCUCCUAGAUGUCGUGACCUUGUCCUUGGGCAUGGGGCUUUGAUUCCUUUGCUAGCUCAGCUGAAUGAGCAAGCCAAGCUUUCAAUGCUGAGAAAUGCAACAUGGACACUGUCGAACUUCUGCAGAGGAAAACCACAGCCUCCAUUUGAGCAGGUACGAGCAGCCCUUCCAGCCCUUAAGCAUCUUGUUCACUCAAAUGAUGAAGAGGUGCUUACGGAUGCAUGCUGGGCUCUCUCAUACCUCUCUGAUGGGACAAAUGACAAAAUUCAAGCAGUGAUUGAGGCAGGUGUCUGCCCACGUCUCGUUGAGCUCCUCCUCCACCCGUCUCCUUCUGUUCUGAUUCCCGCACUUCGCACAGUAGGAAAUAUUGUGACGGGAGACGAUCUUCAAACUCAGUGUAUAAUUGAUCAUGGUGCACUUCCUUGCCUGUCAAGCCUCUUGACUCACCACCAUAAAAAGAGUAUUAAGAAAGAAGCCUGCUGGGCAAUUUCAAAUAUUACUGCUGGAAAUAGAGAACAGAUACAGGCUGUACUUGAAGCUGGCUUAAUAAGUCCUGUAGUCACUCUGCUUCAGACUGCUGAAUUUGAGAUAAAGAAAGAGGCUGCAUGGGCUAUUUCAAAUGCCACUUCUGGUGGAACCAAUGAGCAAAUCAAGUACUUGGUCUCUCAGAAUUGUAUAAAGCCUUUGUGCGAUCUUCUUGUAUGCCCUGAUCCAAGGAUUGUCACUGUUUGUCUAGAAGGACUUGAAAACAUAUUGAAAGUUGGGGAAGCAGAAAAGAGCAACACUGGAGAUAGGAGGAUGAAUCACUACCUGUGGCUGAUGGGGCCCAAUCUGGAUUCAACUUUGGAGAAAACAAUGUUCAACUUCCACCUGGUGGAUUCAGUUUUAGCUGAAGGUCAUUCAGUUAGGUUGAUGGGGGAAGUUCUUCAGGUCGAGUUAAGUGGCGUGUCGGGGUCAAGGUCAAGUCAGGUCUGGUCAGAGCACCUUACUGAGUCUGCUAGUCCAGUUCAGACUGUUGUGGUCGAGGAGGUGCCCAGUCGGGUUGUUCUCUUAUGCUAUGGUGGUCAAUAA